CUACCGACCGCUUUGCUGAACAGUCCUCCUCUUCUUCUUCCUCCUUCUCUCUUCUGUGUCCCUGGGAAGGGUGCUUGUUAUCGUCCUGCUGGAUUCAAUAUCUUCUUACUAAUAAUAAUAUCUCCUUUCUUGCCACCUGCCUGUCGCCCACUUUGCUUUUGUUCUAUAUCUUUGAGUGUCAGGACACCAAAGUAUUCGACCGGUCUCUUUUCUCUUUCUCUUUUGGGACUACUCGAUUUCUUCUCUUCUCCUUUCCCUCCCACAGCUGGUCUACCCUCAGACUAUCCCUCUGUUUUUCGACGUUCUAUUCGCUGAAUUCCACUUUAAAAUCUAUCUAAUCCGCCAUGGCAACCACCGCAACCGUAGACGUCCCCGAAAAGGCCCACGAUGACUCGUCCAAGCUAAAAACUUUCCUAUCUAUUCUUCGGAAGUUCGUAGGGGUGACCGAUAUUGCGUCCGUUCGGUUUUCAUUGCCUGCACAUCUUCUCGAGCCAACACCGAACUUGGAAUACUGGAACUACCUGGACAGACCGGAGACCUUUGCCAGUAUUGGAAUCUCAGAUGAUCCGCUGGGACGGACGCUGGAAGUUUUGAGAUUCUGGUUCACAAAAGAUCUGAAAUAUAUCAAAAGCAAGCCCUGCAAACCAUAUAACUCCACGCUCGGCGAAUUCUUCAGGUGUACCUGGGAUGUUAGUUCCACCCUUCCGGAAGUAACCCUUUCUUCCAACGGAACGGUGAAUGGCGUUUCGACCGUGAAGGAUGGCAACGGCAAAGCAGCAAAGGUAUGCUAUUUGACCGAGCAAACUUCUCAUCAUCCGCCAGUAUCUGCCUUUUUCAUCGAUUGCCCUGAGACUGGAGUUUCCGCUCGCGGAUUCGAUCAAAUUAGUGCCAAAUUUACCGGCACAAGCAUCCGUGUUGCUCCUGGCCAGCAUAACCUAGGAAUUUUCGUGACUCUUGCGAAAAGAGAUAAUGAGGAGUACCAGCUAACCCAUCCUGCUGCCCAUCUUGGUGGUCUUUUGCGGGGAGCGCUUGCUAUCAGUGUUUCGGAUUCAUGCUACAUCACCUGUCCCAGAACUGGGAUAAAAGUGAUUCUGCAGUACCUGGAGGAGGGCUGGAUUGGUCGAGCUCAGAAUAGACUCGAAGGCGUGAUUUUCCGAUACGAUCCCGAGAAGGAUACAACUAGUCGGAUAAAGGACGUCCCAGAGAGCAACGUCUUAGCCAAAAUCAGCGGAUCAUGGCACGGUCAGAUAUUCUUCACCUUACCUGGAACUAGUGAACCUCAGCUCUUGAUCGAUAUUGGUCCUCUUUUCCCUGCUGUGAAGACCCUCCCCCCAGAUGAAAAGCAAUUGUCCAACGAGUCUCGCAAGUUCUGGGGCGGUGUUACCAACGCGAUUAUCGAGAAGAAGUACAACCAAGCCACCAAGCUCAAACAGGAGAUUGAGGAACGGCAGCGACAAAGGGCUGCAGAACGACAUGCAAACAAUGAAGAGUGGCAGCCCCGUUUUUUCACAGGUGCCGUCACGCCUCUGGGUAAGCCCGCAUUGAGUGAGGAGGGGACUAAGGCCCUCGAGGGCCUCCGCACUGGAAACUAUGACCUGAAAGAGAGUGAGAAACAAGGCGCCUAGAGAGAUAUAUCUAUACAUAUAUACAAACUUUUACACAUGUGUUCCUCUUGUACAUGGGCUUGAUUUCUGGCGCUUGUGGCAAUUCUUUUUGUGACGUGUUAGCGAAGAUGUUACACUAUUCUCUUGGACCCUUGCCCUCUUGAGGUUCGUUUUCGUCCUGCCUUUACAUCUUUGAAACCCCCCCCCCGAUACACUCCAGAUAUUUGCAGUUGUUAUUUCUUUUGUUGUGUUGAACCUAUUGCCGUUUAAUAUAUUUAGACUUCUUCUUCUUCUUUCUGGAAAUGAGUGGCAGGCCCUCCUGGUUUCUAAUUGGAGUGGGUGUGAUAUUGUGCUUGGGUUAAUUUUAUCUAUUGGGCCUUAGUGGUAGUGGUGGUUAUGGUUGAUGAUGAUGGUGAUAAUGAUUUCUUUUCAUUUACCAUGCUAGAUGGUACAUAUGGGACUGAUCCAUGAAAUGAC